AUGCUGCAAAAUUCCAUUCACUACUCCCGGACGAGGAAUUUUACACAAGAAUUGUCAUCACGCCGAUGGAUAAUUGGAUUUAUUUAUAAAACACUCGUCCUUGUUUUUGUCUGGAAUCAGACGUCACCCCUCACAUGCAGAACUGAUGGAAGGCAGUGCCAGUUACACAGUAAAAAGACAGACAAUGAAGAAAACAAAUCUCCAGCCUUGGCAGCUGUUGCUGAGCCCAUGCUAAAUGUAAACAUCUCAUCCCCUCCGGAGUCUGCGUACCCUAGCAGAAGACGAUCCAGCAGUGCCAAACCCUCGUCACAAACUCCAAAUCGUGCUGAGGUUCCCUCCUCCUCCUCCGCUGAGGUCAAAUCCCCCUCCACCGAUCGAGGAAAGACCUCCCAUGACGUCUCCGGACGUAGAAAUAGCACAUCAGACAGACAUUCACAGCAGUCUGGUCAGUGGAAAGAUACUCCCUCAGGCCGAGGAGAUUCCCUAAGGGGGGGUACCCGACAGUCUUUGGCCACCACUGCUGGUUCUCCCUCCAUGAAAGCAGAAGUAGAACCCCGAACCCGUCGAAGUAGACACCAAUCUAUUGAGAAGCCAGAAAAAUUCAACAAGCCGCAAACAUCAUCAUCAUCAUCAUCAUCAUUGCAACAACAACAACAACAACAACAGAAUAAUGAAGAAGUUGAAGAAUUAUCAUUUAGCAAAGAACUUGAUCUAUUAGUAGCCAAGAACUCCAAGCCAAUUGUUGUACUUGAACUCUUAGAUGCCAAAACCUUAAAAUCUGUUGUGUCUGGUGGAAGAAUUAAAACAGACAGUGAGAUAAUAAAGCGGUCAAUGAAGAGACCACUGUCCAGUGAUGAAGAUGAUGAUGAUGGGCCGUUGUCAAAGAAAAAACGAAGAAAACGCAACAAGCGCUUGAAUCAGAGAGCAUUAUCUGUUGAGGAGCUGCUAGACAGUGCAACCUUCAAGAAGUUUGCCCAGGCUAUUGAACAUGUGUUUGACACCGCCGAAGAAGUAGACUUUGGUUCUCUAGAUCCAAACGACGAAGAAACCGAAUGUCCACCGGAGUCAUUGAUCUCAAAGCAGGUUUUAUCUGAGAUCUGUGGGGAAGCAGCGAAAUUAAAAGCGCAGAAAGUUACAAAUCAAAUUCCAGCAGAUAAACUGGUGAAACUGCUCACUAUCCUCCAAUGGAAUGUGCGUGAUGGUGUGAAGCUGACCCCCAAUAUCAGACAAGAUGACGAUGACGAAGACGACGAAGAAACAGUGAUGUGGCGUGAAUUGGCCAUGGAAAGAGUAAUGAAAAGUAUGGAUGCUUCCCUAGCGGCUCUUUACAUCAUGACUGCCCCCGAGAUGCCAAAGCAGGUAUAUUUGGAUGAUGUCAUUGAGAGAAUUAUACUUUUUGGCAAAUGGCAGCUCCAGAACACGGUUUUUCCAGAAUUUGAUCCCGUGUACAAAAUUGACCCCCAUUCAAAAGGAGGUUAUCAAGGGAACUUGAAGUCUAAGAGGGCUCGAGCCCACACCGUUAAGCAUAAGUCAACCAUUAUGCUAUAUAAUAAACUGUGCGAGCUCAUUAGCGCCCUUGGUGAACUUCUCGACAUUCAAGAACUCACCGACACGGUUAUUCUGCAGGUGUCCACAUUGGGCGUGUCACCGUUUUUUGUUGAGAAUAUUAGCGAGAUGCAAUUAAACUCUAUGAAGCUUGUCACAAACAUUUUCUCUAAAUAUGACAAGCACCGACAGCUUAUUUUGGAAGAUAUAUUUGCCUCGCUGGCUCGUCUGCCAUCAACUAAACGAAAUUUGCGUAAUUACCGCCUAAAUGCCAAUGAAUCAAUUCAAAUGGUGACUGCCCUUGCCUUGCAGUUGAUCCAGUGUGUCGUAAAACUGCCUGUAGCCAAGCAAAAGGAGCUUGAAAUGCCAGCCGAAGAGAAACCAGAUCUUGACAAAUCAGCUGCAGAAAAGGAUAAAAAGAAAAAGGGGGAGAAAUCAGAUGGUGAUGUGAUCAUUGUGACUUCAUAUGAGACAGCCAUGCGGACUGGCUAUAAUUUUCUGUCAGUGUUCCUGAAAAAGUGUACAGCUAAAAGUGAGGAUGAUUACCGUCCACUAUUUGAAAAUUUUGUACAAGAUUUAUUGUCGACCGUUAACAAACCUGAGUGGCCGGCUUCGGAGCUUCUGCUUAGUCUUCUGGGUAGAAUUCUGGUGCAGCAAUUCAGCAACAAAUCGACUGACAUGUCCCUGAGAGUGGCAUCACUGGAAUACCUUGGCAUCGUUGCCGCCCGGCUUCGUAGCGAUGCCGUGUCUAGUCAGAUGAACCAGGAGGUGAUUGACGAGAUUGUGGAAAAGGCAGACGCGUGCAAGAACCAGGAUGACGACAAGAAAAAAGAGAAGAAGAAAGAGGAGGAAAGUAAUGAUUCAAAGCAGACGAAGAGUCUGCAACUUGGUAUGUUGAAUUACUUGGCUGAAAAUACCCUGAGUGAUCCCGCGUUGUUGUUUGCUCGUCAGUUCUACAUCGCUCAGUGGUACCGGGACAUCACAGUCGAAGCUGAAAAGGCACAGAAAAAGGCUGACAAAGCAGAAAAAGAUGAAGAUGAGGAAGAAAUGGAAUUGAUGAAUAAAUCCCUUCACCUUGCAGAGAAUGGGAAACAAUUUUUAUUGUCUGUGGCAGAGAUUCAAGGAAAACCUCUUGGUACUAUGCGAACGUUACACAGUCCUCUUGACUAUGAAGAUGCAUGCCUCGUGGCUCGGUUCCUAAGUUCAAAACGUCCGUUUGCUCAAAGUUUUGAUAUCUAUCUAACACAGAUCUUGCGUGUGCUCAGUGAGACUGCAGUGGCUGUGCGGACGAAGGCAAUGAAGUGUUUAUCAGCCGUGGUGGAGGCAGAUCCAGGAAUUUUGGCCAGGGACGACAUGCAGCGAGGUGUGCAUGGACGUUUCCUUGACCAGUCGACUUCAGUCCGAGAAGCUGCAGUAGAGCUGGUCGGAAAGUUUAUCCUAAUUCGACCAGAAUUGAUUCCCAAAUACUAUGACAUGUUGUGUGAUCGGAUCCUUGAUACUGGCAUAAGUGUACGAAAAAGAGUGAUAAAAAUCUUCAAAGACAUCUGCUUGGAGCAACCAGAGUUUUCUAAAAUUCCCGAGAUGUGUGUCAAGAUGAUCCGCAGAGUCAAUGAUGAAGAGGGCAUUAAAAAAUUGGUGAAUGAAGUUUUCCAGUUGAUGUGGUUCUUACCGUUGCGAGGCAACGACAUGUCAAAACUUGUACGUCGAGUUCUUAACAUCACGGAGGUUGUGUCAGCUUGUAAGGAUACCGGAAUGGAAUUCUUUGAGCAGCUCUUGGAGAACUUACUCAAAAAAGAUGAAGAUGGAAAUUUCAAUAAGAGUGCAUUGCAGGCUUCCAAGCAGAUUGUGGAUUGUUUGGUUGAGAAUGUCCUCUCAUUAGAAGAGAGGUCUGUUGAUGGGGAGAGUACCACAAACCCUCAGCGCCUGAUUGCCUGCCUCACGACAUUGUUCCUAUUCAGCCGUAUAAAGGCAGAUCUCAUGCUGCCCCAUGCUAUGACGUUGCAGCCAUACCUUGAUAUCAAGUGCAAUACGCAGGGUGACGUGCUGGUGCUGCAUAAUGUUGCCCGUAUCUUGGAACUAGUGGUGCCUCUGAUGGAGCAUCCCAGUGAGUCAUUUUUAAUGCAGCUUGAGGAAGAUAUGAUGAAAUUAAUUUUGAAACAUGGAAUGAUGGUACUGCAAAGUUGUGUGAGCUGCCUCGGAGCAGUUGUCAAUAAAGUCAGCCACAACUAUCGCCUUGUCAAAGAUUGCUUCCAGAAGUUCUUUGGAGUCAUAUCAAAACUGAUGGCAGACCACAAGGAAAAUCCAAACAAUCCCACCUUGGUGCGAAGGCGUCCAACUUUACUCCGUUCCCUCUUCACAGUUGGUCUUUUGUGCCGCCAUUUUGAUUUUGAUUCGAAAGAAAUGGGUGAGACCAAAGUGAAGUCGUCCAUUAAGGACCGUGUCUUUGAUGUCUUGUCUUAUUUUAUUGAGCAUGAAGAUGAAGAAGUGAGAAUAAAAGCCCUGACAGGUGUGGGGUUCAUGUGUGUGCGGCACUAUGAAUAUAUGCUUGGCAGGACAAUGAAAGGACUUUAUUAUUAUUUGCUCACUGACUACAAUGCAUCGGUUAAGCUUAAAAUUCAAGCGUUAAAAAAUCUGCAGUGUUACCUUGUUGAGGAGGAAAUAAAGAUGAUCAAAGCAGAUGCUGAGUGGCGGAAAAAAUGUAAAGCUGAAGAUCUGCGGGACAUGGGUGAUGUUCAGUCUGGUAUGGCUAGCACAAUAAUUCAGGUGUACCUUAAACAAGUUCUCGAGUCUUUCAUCAGUGCUAACAGCCAGGUGCGGCAGGCUGCUCUUGAAAUCAUUCAAAUAGUUCUCCGCCAGGGAUUAAUUCAUCCUGUCCAAUGUGUUCCUUAUUUGAUAACCAUGGGGACAGAGCUUGAUCCCAACAUAAGAGUAAAAUCCGACCAGCAACUGCAAGAUAUAGAUAAAAAAUAUCCUGGUUUCAUACAUAUGAAGGCUUUGCAAGGCAUAAAGAUGUCGUACAAGUUACAAAGUAUAAUCCAAAACCCUUCAGAGCCGAUCCGUGGCCUUAGAACCCAGGACGGGAUCCACCAUAGUUUGAAUGCAUUCCUUUACACUGUUCUCCGGGGUAACCGGGGUCACCGGAGAGCAUUCCUCACCUCAUUGUUAAAUUUGUUUGAUGAUUCUGAUCGUGCAUCCCUCGAAGAACUUUUGUAUAUAGCUGAUAACCUUGCCUUCUUUCCUUACCAAUCUCAAGACGAGCCCCUCUUCGUCAUUCAUCAAAUUGACAUCAUAGUGUCGGUCUCAGGGUCUAAUUUACUGCAGUCUUUCAAGGAAAACCUAAUGCCAGGUAAAAAAAUGGAGAAAAAAAGCGACGUCUAUGAUGAGGAUGAUGAAGAGGAAAUCGAUAACCUUUUAGAGAGGCUGCCCCCAGAUAUUAAUCCUUUGUUGGAUGUCUGUCGCGUCUCGCAAGGUUGUGUGCUGUUGCUUGUUCUCAAACAGCACCUGAAAGAGCUGUAUGGUUUCACUGAUAGCAAGAUCCAUCGGUACUCGCCGGCUGAAGGCGCCAAGAUGUAUGAUAAGCCAAUGAGCCGGAAGUUUGCCAUUGACUUCAACCCGUCGUCAACUCUUGACCUCAUAAAGCAAGGUCCACGUAAAGAGGUUGAUGAUAGCGCGAAACGAAAAAUGAUUGAGGAAUAUCUUGAUUUUAAGCAACUCAUGCUCAGUAUUGACCCACCUGAUGAAGAUGAUGAGUCAGAUGAUAACACAAAUGUCAAGGGGCAGAAGCAACGUUCAGGGGUUGAGGAGGGUCAAACUGUAGAAAUAGGAGGUAAAGAGUCUGAGGGUCAGGACUCCUCUGUGAUGAACAUUCCGGACAAGGUAUCUGAUGGCAGUGAUGGUAUAAAACCUCGUAGCCAACCGCAUACCCCACACCAUAACAUGCGCAGUCAACAUUACGCUGCCUUGUUUGAAAAGAAAAAGAAAGUUCGUCUUACACCAAAGGCGACUCCGCCACCAAAACCCCCCAAAAAGAAGGCUCGUAAAAGGAAACGGCGUUUAAGUGACAGUGAUGAAGACAUUGACAGUGAGGAUGAUCCAGAUUUUAUUGCUUAA